AUGGAUACAGAUGCGGGUAUUGCAGGUAUUGUCAGGGAUCACAUUGGAAAUUGGGUGUUGGGCUUCCAACAAAAAUGCUACGCACAAUCAGUUCUAAUGAGAGAGCUACAAGCUAUUUGUAUAGGUCUGCAGAUCAUCAAGGAGAGGAGUUGGACUCGAGUCAUUGUGAACUCGGAUUCCCAGCAAGCUAUUAACAGAAUUCUACACGUGGAGAAUAUCAAGGAUGCUAAUUUUUUUAUUGUAAAAAAAUGCAGGGGUCUUUGUAUGAGGAGGAAUGAGAUCAGGCUGGAGUACGAAGCUAGGGAGACUAAUAGAGUUGCUAAUAGAUUAGCAAAGUUGUGUAGAACUGAUGUUAUAAACAAAGUAGCAGAUGCUCUUGGAAGGAAUGGGAGGAGUAAUUCUUUUGAUGUUAAUGUAGCUAGUUAUUUGCCUAUUCUCCUAGUUACUGUUUGA